UUUGUGCUCAUCCGUCGGAGUGUUUUGGUGUUCGGUGAUGACGCGACCGCAUUAGAACGCAUUCCUUCGAUACAACUUCUUUGGCGACAGCUGCGUCACUGUCGGUGCAUGAACCACGCAACAGUAGUAAAAAAAAAAAACAAAUCCAUUGAAUGUUAAUUUUAAGACAAUGGUAGCAAUGAAGUGUAAUUGAAGAUUUGUUCGUGUGUUGGCCAGAGGAUUUUUGUGAAAGUUUCGUGUGUGACGAGGAAAUCAAGAAACAUCCUAGAAAAAAAAAAAAUUAUCAUAAUAAUGAGAAAUCAUCAGCUAGCAUGUAUCAAUUACGAGCUGAAGUGAAAUCUAAGAAAAAAUAAAAGAAAAUAAAAUAUGGAAACAGUAUGCGUGUGAAAUGAAAAUGUUGCGUACACCUAGCAACGAAAAUAACAUGAAAGAAAAUUGCCAAAAAAGGAAUAAAAAACCUUGCAGUCGCAUCCUGUGAUGUUGUGCACAGGCAAUUAGUAAAUUAAAUGAAAAUAUCUGAAAACCAGAGAAAAGAGAAACAACUUAGGGAAACAGCCAAAGAGGUUACUUCAAACUGAUUAAUAUCCGUUGCACGUGUGGCGAUUCAAUGAAUUUUUAUUGUUGGAGUUAUGAAAAGCGGCAAUUACUAGUGGAGUGGGAGUGUGAACAAAAUUUCCAAAGAAUAAAUAAACAGCCCCUUGCCGAGUGUUUGCUGAGCUGCUGGCAAAAUAGACUGUAACUUUGAGGCAAGGUGCGUCGAGUGAAAAAAAAUAAAAUUUUCAUUCCAACAUGAUAACAGUGAAUCAAGAGGCUUAACGGAACUGCAUCAAAAUUAAUAAGUGCAAUAAAAACAUAAUUAUUGUGGAGGCCUACAGUUCAACGAAAAACUACGACAAAAUUGAAAAGGCGAACAUUUUGCUGGCAAAGUCUGCAUCUCUCCAGCUCUAUCUGUUUAGUACUCUGCCAACAGUUUACCAGCUCUAGUAUUGUUGUUCUUGUUUUUUUUUGCUGCGGUCACUGCAAAAAACUGUCAUCAAAGUGUAAUGAUAAUGUUAACAAUGUGGAAAAUUUUUAUUGCAUUUACGUUGGUUACGCUGCCCGCUACAUUUGUGGCGGCGCGUCUGCAUUCGUCCAGCAGUCUGGUAUUGCAUGGCAUCGGUGGUGGUGCGGGCGGCGGUAGUGGUAGCGGCGGCAUUGGUAGCCUAGUUGGCGGCUCGUUAUCGAACAAAGAUGCGCACGUGAAAACAAAGGACAUCGAUGCCGUGGAAGGCAAAUCCGUCUCACUGCCCUGUCCGAUUAGUGCGCCGUUGAGUGACGUUUAUAUGGUCCUAUGGUUUCGCGAUAAUGCUGGUAUACCUUUAUACAGCUUUGAUGUGCGCGAUAAAGUGAAUAACGACCAACCGCGACAUUGGUCAGCGCCGGAGGUGUUCGGUUCUCGUGCCAAAUUUCACAUCGAUUCACAGCCGGCAACGUUGGAAAUUAAGGAUAUCAAACGUCAUGAUCAAGGUGUCUACCGCUGCCGCAUAGACUUCCGUACAAGUCAAACUCAAAGCUUCCGUUUUAACCUCACCGUCAUAAUUCUUCCUGAGCAGCCCAUCAUAUUGGAUCGUUGGGGGCGACAGCUGAAUGGCUCGUUACUUGGACCCAAGCAGGAAGGUGACGACAUUGUAAUCACGUGCCGUGUUGUAGGAGGCCGCCCACAACCUCAAGUACGUUGGCUUGUAAAUGGACUACUUGUCGACAAUCAAUACGAACACAAUUCCGGCGAUGUUAUCGAGAAUAGGCUACUUUGGCCGUCGGUUCAACGGACUGAUUUAAAUUCCGUUUUUACUUGUCAAGCAUUGAAUACACAAUUAGAUAAGCCUAAGGAGAAAAGCUUUUUACUUGAUAUGCAUUUGAAACCGCUGACGGUGAAAAUAAUUGAGCCACCCAAUUCAAUGGUGGCCGACCGCCGCUACGAAGUCAUAUGCGAAUCAACCGGUUCACGUCCGAAUGCCAUCAUCACCUGGUACAAGGGAAAGCGGCAGUUGAGGCGCACAAAGGAUGAUAUCUCGAAGAAUGUAACACGCUCCGAACUGAGUUUUGUGCCCACCACAGACGAUGAUGGCAAAUCCAUAACUUGCCGUGCUGAAAAUCCCAACGUUAAUGGACUUUACUUGGAGACAAUGUGGAAGUUGAAUGUCGUAUAUCCACCUCUGGUAACACUACGACUGGGUUCCACUCUAACUCCCGACGACAUUAAAGAAGGUGACGAUGUAUAUUUUGAGUGCCACGUACAAUCGAAUCCUCAAUGGCGGAAGCUCUUGUGGUUACAUAAUAAUAUUCACCUCGAACACAACACCUCCGCACGCGUCAUUCGCUCCAAUCAGAGUUUGGUGCUGCAGAAAAUUACUAAACACUAUGCAGGAAAUUAUGCUUGCAGCGCCAUCAACGAUGAGGGUGAAACUGUCAGCAACCAACUACCGCUGCGUGUAAAAUAUACACCUGUAUGCAAGCAUUUGGAUCGUGUCAUACUAAUUGGCGCCUCAAAGGAUGAAACUGUCGAAGUCACGUGUGAAAUACAGGCAGAUCCGCCCCCCAGGACCUUUCGUUGGAAAUUUAACAAUUCCGGUGAGACUUUGGACGUUGGCAGUGAACGUUUUAGUGUGAAUGACAGCAGAAGUAUUCUGAAAUACACACCGGUAUCCGAUCAGGAUUAUGGCACACUAUCCUGCUGGGCGUCUAAUGAAGUUGGUACACAAAAUCAACCUUGCCUUUUCCAAGUCGUGCUGGCUGCUCUUCCCAAUUCCGUUACAAAUUGCUCUAUCGUAAACCGCACUGAUGUGAGCGUCGAUAUUCAAUGCAUACCCGGCUAUGACGGCGGACUGCCUCAGAUUUUUGUUCUCGAGAUGUUCUCUGCACGCACAGGACUGACAAGAUUCAACUUGACAAACGUUGAAGAGCCACAAUUCUCGCUGGAAAAUCUCGAUACGUUGACGUCCAUGAUGACACAGGAAAACAACUCAUUAAAAUUGCGCAUUUAUGCUUACAAUCAAAAAGGCCGUAGUCCCAUACAGGUGUUGCCGGAUUUCAUUAUUGGUUCGUCAACAUAUAAAACAGCAGAUGAAGUAUCCAUUUCGCUCUCGCCGGUGCUGGUUGGCAGCGGUCUUACCGUUGUCAUCAUUAGUUUGGCCAUCAUUGUGCGCAUAUUCAUAGUAAUAUUUUUGCAUAACUUGCGACGCAAUCAGCAGCAUGGAAGUAAACCGAUAGCGACCGGUGUGGUGGCGCAGUCAGGCGAUGUGCUGAAGUGCGGUGGCAUGGAAAAACCGCGCUGGCAGCAUACGGACAUUAAAACUAAAUCAUCCGAAGAUCUGGUUGAAGAUGAACGAGAUCCGGAUGUGAUUCCAUCGCAAUAUGUCACUGCUGGCAAUAGCAAUAGCGUCGGCGGUGGUGGCAGCAACGGAGGAAGUGGCAACGGCAGUAGCGGUGGUGGCGGAAGUGGAAACGUUGGAAGCUCAGAGCUUCACUUCACGCCAAUAGCAGCCACAAAGUGGUCACCAAAUUCCAAACAUCUUCCUUCAACCGCGUAUGACAACGUCACGCAGCUCGUCGCUGCUAAUCAAAUCAGCGCACGUACACAUCUACUAGCGGGCUCGACGACAGACCCCACUGGCAGCAACAGUAGCUCCAUUGUCAGUGCAGUGGACACUGGCUUACUGCAUCAUCUUCACAACAGCGGCGGUAGCACAAAAGCUGCAGUCGGUGGUGCUUCAACGUCGGUCACAGCGACAGCUUCAGCGAAUGGCCUAAGUGAGGCAUUAAUCGGUUCGCCCACUUCCUCGUUGAACGCCACGGUUGCGACCACCCACCUGCAGCAUCAGCUGCAUGGUCCUGGCGUUGGUAGCGGUGGCGGUACGUUACCUCCCGGUUUGGGGAGCGGCAGCGGGUACAUACUCAACAGUCUCAUCAGCAGUAAUGAGAGUUGCAACACCAACAGUAGCAUCAGCGGCAGCAAUGGAGUUGGACUGCAUCAAAAUAUGGGUGGCCCCAUUAGUCGUGCCAACACAAUGCUGCAUCACCAACAACAACAACAGCAACAGCUGCAACAUCAUCCGCUACCUUUGCCACAUCCACUUGCAUACAAUACACUUGCAAGCACAACGGGUGUGAAUGCCAGUGGACGCCAUCAUCACAGCGCUUUGCCAUCGAUGUUGCUCACCUCACAGACUUCAGCGUCGUUGAGUGGAAUCGGACUGCUGCUGAAUGCCAACAACAAUAAUAGCAGUAGUGGAGGCGCCAGUGGUUUGGGCCUGGGCAUGACCGGUGCGGCAUCGGCAUCUGCGGCCUCAACAGCAACGACGUCGUGCAAUUCGUCCACGGACUUGGAUGACAACAUAAAUAUCAAUGCCAUCAAGGAUUGUUUAAUGACACAGCGUGUGCCCGAAAGCUGCGUCUGAGCUGGCAAUUUAUGCAGUACAUUGACAAACGCGACAACUAAGUGGAAUGCAGUCAAGAUAGAAAUGGAAGUCGAGUGGAGUGCCGUAAAGUGGUAUGUAUAAAAGGGAAUAGAGUGCAGCGGGUUAAAGUGCAGUGGAUAUGUAAAAAGAAGCAGUAAAGCGAAAAUAAAGGAGUAGGGUAAGGAGCAUACAACUGUAAUAAAUACUUAAGCGUGGAACUUCGUGCAUAUAUCCAAACUUACAUGUAAGUGUAGUUGUAAAAUGAGGUGAACUACAAUAUAAAAUUACCUACAUUGGCUGAGUGUCUCAUGGCUGGUACAUACUCGGCAGGUCUUUAACAAAUUGUAUUAGCAUUAAGCACAGUUUGAUUGAUGAGUGCAAAAAGUUUUCAACUAAUUAACGCGAGCGCUUGGACAAGCUAUUCAAAAGAUUUUUUGGGGGAACUUCUAACAGAGAAUUCCAUCAAAAUUUUCCAGUAUUUGCAUGCAAAUUAUAGAGAUAUCUUUAGUAAACGAGAUAGGAAAUUCAAUUUUAAUUUUUUGGUGUUCGGUCAAGCUUCUCCUCCUAUUUGUGUUGUGUGUUUCGUUGUUCUUCCACAAGUAGAGGAACCUGCACUUUUAUGUUGCCUCCGAUCGGCAAAUGGUUUUUUAUGAGUAACUUUUUCAUGGCAGAAAUACACUAGGAGAUUUGCUAAUGGCUACAUUUCUUUUAAUUUGGUGUUACUUGAUUGAGGUUUUGAACCCGGCCACUGUCGAACUCCAACUUAUUCGCCUCCAGCGGCCGCCUUUAAAUUCAUAAACGGUCCAAGAGGAAGACACAAAGGAUGAUGUCGUAAGUACGAGGGUGGGUCAAUAAGUCCGUGACUUUUGUAUUUCUGACCUCUUUACUGAAAAAGAAAUACUGCUCCUGUCAACAGGCAUCUGUCAGUUGACUCCUGUCAAAAUUUGAACGUGCUGCGUCAGUUAGUUUGUGUUUUACAGCUACCUUUAUCAGACUAUCCAGUAAUUCACAGUCGACCACAAACGCAAUCGUGUAACAAUUUCACAGGAAGGUUUGGCGUUGUUUAAUCGCAAAAUGGAUGAGUUUUUGCGCCGUUUUGUAACCGUGGACGAAACAUGGAUCCAUCACCACACACCAGAGACCAAACAACAGUCGAAACAGUGGGUUUCUAAGGGUGAAUCGGCUAAAUAAGCACACGAAAUUCAGUUUUUUCCAUUUUCUCCUCAAAUUACUGCGAAUAUAUUCAGAUAUUAUGAUAUAUGAUAUUAUCGCCUUCAAAGUACUACUCAUCAACUGCAAUGCAUCAAUGCCAGCGUUUCAUCCAGCUUCGAAACUCUAUUUUUGGUAUAGCCAACAGAGCCGUCUUUGAUUUUUCAAACGCUUUCCCUGUAGAAUUCGAUGGCUGUUUAAAAAUUUACGAAUAAUGAUGACAUUGUGCAGGGUGCGUUAUUAUGGUUCAAAAUGCACGAGUUGUUUUUCCAUAAAUUCUUUCAGUUUUGACGAAUUGCUUUAGGUAAACGUCUCAUAAAGCCCAAAUAAUAGUCCUUAUAUUAACUGCUGAUCUUCUAAAAAAAAUACGUGAGGUAAAAUACCGUAGUAUCCCAUAAAAGCCGUGAGCAUCUCGUUCUUUUUUUAACUGAAAACGACGCAGUUUUUUGUCAUGAUUCAUUCGGAGCUCUCCACUCACUCGCGUGAUGCCAGGCGUACUCACGUCUCGUCUUCGGUAAUGAUGCUUUUGGUGAAUGUUGGAUUGGAUGCAGCUUUGAAAAUUAUAUCUUUGGCUAUAUCAACGCGGUCCAUUAUGCCCAAAUCAUAGUCUUUGAUAACUGUUUGACACUUUGGCAAAAAUUCAUAGUUUUUUGGUCAGGGUUAAUUCAGAGCUCUCCACUCUCUCGCCUGAUGUCUGAAUUGCGUGUCGUACACAAAAGCUCACGUCGCAUUUCCAGUAAUGAUGUGUUUGAUGAAUGUUGGGUUGGAUUUAGCCUUGGAAAUGAUGUAUUUGGCGAUAUCAACGCCGUCCCUUUUUUGCAUGAAAUUCAGGUCCUUUGGGACGAACUUUGCAGCAUCACGUCGCACAAUGGGGAUUUUUCGUCGAGUUUUGUUCACAAAUCCUAGAAAAGGCAAUUGUUGACCGAUUUUAUCUAAUUUAUAUCUUAAAGGGAUCGUAAAUGAUUUUGGAGGAGAUUGUCUAGGCCCGAAUCUCAAAUUUUUUUGUAUAAUAUAAAUAAAAAAUUGUGUGUACUCAAAUUCAGUUUGACAUUUUUUAUUGCAGUGCGAAUCAACGGUAAUACAUCCCGGCAAGUAUGCAAAUUUCCAGCCCCUAACUACCUAAGAACUUAAGAACUAAUUUUUUUGAGGACAAACCUAGAAUAUUCACCGGAAAGUUUUCAAAAAAUGCAUAUAUUCGUUUUAGGGGUUGUUUAGUCCGAAUUUCUUAUCAGUUUGUCCUUGCGUGGUCAAGUUGAAGGUCAGUUCAAGGUCAAACACAGAAUAUUCACCGGAAAAUUUCAAAAAAAUUGAAAAAUUUCGUAAACUUAAAUCAUUACCUAUAAGUACCUAUAUUGUCCUGAACGGAUCCAUAAGCAAUGUUCAAGUCCUCUGACUUUUUGUGAAGCGUUCAUGCCACUCUUAACUGGCUCUUCCCGAAGUAACAUUGCCGGAACUCUUUUCCAACAUUUCUUAGGUUUUCGCACCACUGAAUCCAUUUUGAAAGCAAAAUGUGAUACAAACAGGUUGUCGGGCAUUCAGCUACUAGAAAAAACAUGCUGAGGUGGAUUCACUCAAGGCGACAUAACUUUUACAAAUGUCAAGCGACGGCGAUAAAGGUUUGGUGGGAAUUUUAAUCACAGAUGUGACAACCCAACAAAAAAACAGAACUCAAAUCAGUUGACUUAGAGUGUCACCUGGCGGUUAUUCCGGGAACUUUUUGAUCAAGAUGGUAUAAUUUUAUUGAAAGAGUCGCAAGAUGGCUCUACGAAUCGUAUUAUAAGGAAUUUUUUAUAAUUGUGUGCAUGUAAUCUCUCCAUUUAUUUUUCGAAUCAUACAUAUCACUUUCUAUCUUCAGAGCCAUAAAUCCCUCUCUAUUUUCCUCUUAAUCAAAAUUUAGUACUUUUGGGGUUCGAAAUUUACUUGAGAGCUAUGUCCUAGGGGACUUUUUUCCUUAUAAUUUUAUGUACAAUCAGAGUAUGUAAGGAACGACAUCGAAAAAAAUCAUUCCAUACAAGUUAAACCGCCCUAAUGUGUGUACACUUAUAUUGCCAAGCAGUAUUCUUAUACGAUUCAUUCACUCCUCGUUUCUUCAAAUGCUGUCCUUCACUAAUAGCUUGUGCCAAGCGUUUAAGCGUCUGAUGGUCCGUAGACUAAACAUCUAUAAGUCAUCACUCACUUAUUCAAUAAAUUGAA